CUUAUGAUGUGUCAUUUGACAAGUAAGUGUUUACAUGUGGGAUUGUUAGUUUUUUUAGGCAAACACACAUAUUUAGUAAAAAUGCUAAUAAUUUACAGUAUAAAAAUUAUGACCGUUAAAGCCCACUGGAAAUUUUAUAUUAAAAAAUGUGACGUCCAAAGUUAUUUACAAAAAUAAUGCAUAGGCAAACAAGGAUUAUGUUUAACUAUUCUUAUAGUUUACAUUUCUUCUCAUAUAUCUAAACAUUUCAUUACCUAAUACUUUUUUUCUGUUAGGCCUAGGUUACAUUUUAUGUCUAUCAGUAAGAAAGUGCAUUGGUUUAACCUGGAAAGAGCUAGGAUAAGUUAAGAGAGAAAAUAAGAUAUUCCUCUAGUGAAAUGAUACAAAAAAGGUUUGGGUUUUUUUUCUCAAAGUGCCAGUUGGCUUUGUGAAAAGACUAAUCAUUGCAGAUUAGUGAAAUUUUUCUGUUCAAGAAAAGUAUGUAAAUUGUACUUAUUUAAUUUGAAUACUAGGACAAAUUAAGAUAUAAAAUAUGAAAUUAAAGAACAUGUUUUAAUGGUAAGACAGAUAACUAAAAAUGGUGGUAUUUCCUUGUUACUGUAUUUGAAUCAAAUGGAAAUACUGUGGCCUACUUUUCCCUUACUCUCCUGAACUCACCACAUUACUUGCUGUCACCUCCUCCUCCUCCGAACUAUUCCAAUCCCCUAUUGUCCUUAUGACCACUUCUGUUUGUAUUUAUUUUUUUCUUCCCCUGCGUAGAAAGAGAGCAAGUAGCGGAUCUAGACUUUGUGAGCCCCUAAUAUUUUGGAGAGGGCUGUUACUGCGUGUCUAAGGUGUGAGGAGUAUCCCCUGAGAAAAUCAAAUUUUGUAAUACAAACUAUUAAAACAAUGAUUUUAACUUAAAUUUUGAUGAUGGUUUUGUAAUUUAUCUUAACUUUAAUGGGGGUGAGGAGGGUUUAUGCUGCCACAUAAUAUAAAAUAACAAAACAAUUUUCAUUAAGACCCUGUCGCACUGUCAAAUAUUUUUUUGUCUAACUGUAUUCGACAAUAGAGUUGGAAGGAAAGUAUUGGACAGAAAAUGGCAUCCAAGUUUAUUUUUGGUCUGAGCUAUCAAAAACUUUUCAAUUUUAAUCUCAUUUUCAAAUGAAAUAAUGCAUCAUGGUGCUGGAUGGAAUUUUUGAAUUGGUUGUGUAUGCUAUAUGUGCAGUUAUAAUUUUUUUAAGAUGUAUGUAUAUUUAACUUAUAAUAAUAUUUGUUACAGUUAUUUUUUUAAAGAUGUAGAAACAUAAUUUCCUUUUUACACUUAUAUUAUUUAACAUAAAACUUUUAUAUUAACAUUUUUUAGUUAUUUCACUUUUAUAACCUCUGUAAUCACCCAUGUGUUAUCGCCAUGUUAAAGAUUCGUUGUGACUGAAACAAAUGUAAUUUUAGUUUUUGAUGGACAGAUUGUGAUUGACUGGUUGCAUCUAACAUCUAAGAUAUUUUAGAACUUAUCCUAUAUGUUAAAUAUUUGAUAGAAACUCAAUUCAUCCAACUUUUCUAACAAACAUAGCUGCGCCAGUGAUGUUUUUGGUGACGACAUAUCCCUUCAACUUUAUUUAACACAAAAUAUUAGAAGGUGUUGGAAGCGAAAAUUUUACAGUGUGACAGGACCUUUAUGAAAAAGUGUUUUUUGAACAAUAGUUUGUGAGGAUUAGUUACAAAUUUUCUCCAACAACUACUGCUUUUGGCUCGGGGUUUAGUUUAAAUUUCUGUUUAGGGGGGGGGGGGGGGGGCAGCUGACCCCCAUUGCACCCCUUUUGGAAAAAACCCUUCUGUCCUUCCUUCAGGAGCCCGCAUGUAACAUUGUGGCUAACUAAGAGACUGCAGCCACAUAGAGAAUAGUUUAGCAUCUGGUAAGUCGACAGUGUGUUUGCAUCCUGUUAGCUGCAAUCAUUUUAAUGGGAUGUGGCAUUUAUUCCCCCAUAUUUAAAUUUUUGCUUUAUUACUAAACCAAUGACUGCAAUCCCUAUUGUUUAUUGCUGUCUGCUUGUGAGAUUGUGUCAAAGAUGAGAAUAUUUUCACAGUAAUUUUUAUACAUUUUUGGCAGCACCAAAUUUGUGUUCUUUCUUAAUUUAGGUUUUUAUUAAAUUUACUGUAAUCAUAACUGAGAUGUCAUCAAAAUCUGUACCUACUAUAAUAAAACUGUAGAACCAUCAUGUCUGUAAUUUGGAAAUAUUUGGUAAAAGCUUAUUGCAGAUGAUGUAGGGAGUGUAAUAGAAUACAAUAACACUAUUUUUAAAAACUUUGUCUGUCUGAACAUGCUACUCUCCCAAACUACUAGUUGAAUUUUCAUGGGGUUUUACAGGUAACUUGUAGCUUGGUGCAACAUAUAGGCUUACUAGCUGCCCGAUCCGGCUUCGCACAGUUGUAUUAAUUGGGGGGGGGGGGGGGGGGAAAUGAGACCAAAUCUCUUAUUUACAGUUAUAAUAAAUGAAAUAAAAUGAAAAUUAAUUAAUUUUGACAAAAAUUUAAUACAAUGCUUUGUAAUGUACCGAAGAAAAAACGAAUAGCACCGAUGGUUUCCCGACUCUCGAGCACGCAACGUUGUCAUGGAGAUGAAGUGCCCACUGUUUCCCGGGCUUAAACACCAAUCAACAUUGAUGAUCAGUUUAUUAUUAAUAAUAAAUUUUUAAGACCAUUGAUCGAAAUAAAAACUACCCUAUCUCUCAAGUUGGAAAAAAUUACACAUAAAUGCCCAUUUUCAUCGAAAUCAGUUGACUUGGUGAAGGGGACCUUUUUAGAAAUCAGAUGUAGUUAGUAAUUGUCUUCUUAAUUUGAAUAAUUUAUAUCACUUUCAAAUCCCGACCGACUUUGUUCUACCAGUGUAUAGUUAUUUACCUGUAUAUAUCUAAAAAUUGGUGGUCUGUAUUUAAUGAGUGAUGAGGACUACACUAACAAUGAAAUAGUCGUUGCCAUGGAGACGAAUGAAGCAUCAACAAUGCUACAGCCGUUGCCGUGGUGAUUUUCUGCCAACUCAUACAUACAUCACAUUAGAAAACUAAAAUUAUAAGAUUAAGACCAUUAAUCGAAAUAAAAACUAUCCUAUCUCUCAAGUUGGAAAAUAUUACACCUAAAUGCCAAUUUUCAUCGAAAUCGGUUAAGUGGUUUAGGAGUCCAUUGAGGACAAACAUUGUGACACGAGAUUUAUAUAUAUUAAGAUAAGAUAUUAUCAAAAAUCAGCUUUUGGAAAGAAAAAAAAAGAUAUCUUACUUUAAAGUUUUAGGAGUCUUCUCAGCUUAGUACAGUUUAUAGAAAAGUCAAAAGAUGGAGCUUCAUUAGUUGAUUUUUAAAAGGCACUCACAGAUGUUUUUGAAUGUUUACCUCAGUGACACAAUCAUCACGGCUUAUUACAUGACAAACCAAUAUAUAGCAUUGUUAGUUUUUUUUUUUUUUUUUACUUCAGUGACAGAAGUAUUUUUGUAAGUUUAAGGCCAAGAUCCAUAGUUUUGCAGGCACGAGGGAAAUUAUUUAUCCCAUGAAUAGCACUGUCGGUAAAAAAAAAAAUGUAAAUUACAGCAUUAUAAAAUCAAGCUUUGAUUUUUGCAAUUGUGGUAGAAAAAAAUUUAUAAAAAAUUUAUUUGUUACUAAAUUUUAAUUAAGAAAUUUUUAAAACUAAGUAUUUCUAAUUUAUAAGAACUGUACACGGUCUUUAUUUUACAUACAAAUCAAAUUGAGUAUCCUUUACAAUUCCUGUAGGCCAAAACUGAAACAUUACGUACAUAAUUUAAAUAAUUUUAGUUUAAAACUUGUUAUUUAACGGACGCGUGUAGCUUUUGAAAUGGACGAAUGAUGUGUUAGUUCAGCAUUACGCCGCUAGAUGUCAGGCACGAUGAGUUUAGAGUUUGCCCGCUAGAUGUCCCAACUAUCGCAGAGGAGUUGUUGCGGGAAUAAAAUUUAUUUUAAACGUUCGACUUCAAAACUGGUUUCGGUGACAGUAAGUCAUUGUGUUUUGAAGAUAGAAAGAAGCCAAUUGACGAAAACUCUUCCAUUUCCUUCGAACUAUAUUGAGCAAUGAAAAAUUUAUUUCCUAAUAUUUCACAGAUGUGAUUUAACGAUACUCUGUAGAACUUUAAUUGUAAACAUUUUAUUAACUAUCAUGGCAAAAUUUAUUGUUUUUAUAAUAAUAGUCAUAUUGCGUGAAUCAAACGUGACCUAUUAUAUAAUAUACAUUCAAAAUAUAUUAUACAUAAUAAAAUUAGGUAUAUUUUCUGAAAGAAGCACUAGCAAAACUGUGUCAUACCAAUGUAGCAGUUGUGCGCUUACAAGCGUGCAGUGUUUGCUAACACAUUUUAAUUAUUUGGCUUCAAAAUCGCAUAAAUAUCUUUUCUUUAUUUUACUUUUGACAGCAACACGCGUCCUCUUUCGUCCCAUGGUCCGCUCUGUAUCAGGUCACGCAAUAUUUUGAAUGUUAUUGUAAUUUUGGCCAUUUAAAAUUUGUGAUUUUUGUGUAGUAAAGUAUUUUUUAAUUUUUAUAAUUUAAUUUUUUUUAUAUUUGGUUGGUUUUCUAAUGGUAUAUACCUUCCUUUAUUUCCUUUAAUAAACUCAUCUUUUACUACUGGAAUCUUUCCAUAAUAUCAAUACAAAUUUUCCCGGGGGAGGACCCCUCACCCCCCGCUUCAAUAGGGGGGGAUCGAUGAUUCUUUAUAAAAAGGUAUAUUGCCCCCCCUUUGGAAAUUUAGUUGUUGCGCCCCUGGAUUCAAGGCUAUUGAUGAUGAAUCAAUAGGAAUUUUUUGUAAAGCAUCUAAAACGAUUUGACACGAUUAAUCAAAAUAUAAUGUUGAAUAAAAACAUUAUUUUAACUGGGAAUAGUUUAAAAACACACCAAUUAUUUCAGUUUUAUCUUAAUGACAUCAAGCAUAUAGUACCCAUUCUGCUCAGCCUGAAUGAUGUAGGUCCACAUUGUCAAUUCUGAUAUCUAAACAGCAAAUAUCGGGGUUGCCCAAGGAAGCAUUGUCCUGUCCUAUUACUGAAUAGGGUACGUGAAUGUUGCGGAAGAAUCAGUAAAAACGUGUAUCUCAUUAGCUUUGCGGAUGACGCCCACAUAAUUCCUUAAAAAAAAAAAACAAAUAUUCUCAAAUGUACGAAAGUUUGUUUCAGAGAAACGUUUUAGAUACUAGUUAGAUUUUCGAUCAAUUGUAUCAUAUUUGGUAGUGAAUUUAGUAAGGUAGUUAAGAAAUGUUCUAUUCUUUAGCCACUGUUUUUUUAAUAUCCCUUACAGUAUUUGUUGGUUGUAUAAAGUAUUAUUUCAGACGAAAGUUGUAGAUACUAUUUAUUAAGUUAGCAGAAAAUAAGAAUGUAUUUUAUAUUUCAUGUGGCAAGAAUAUUAUAAUUUUUGUUUGUAUUUCAAUUCUAAUCGUUUGAACUCCGUGCAACAAUGUUUAGACUUAUCAAAAAUCGCUUCAUAAACCUUUUUUAGAACACAUCUAAAGUUUACAAACAAUUUGAACUGAUUUGAUGGCGUGCCUGCUAAGAAAGUGAAGAAAUUUUUUUGUCCUCUAAGCCAGUUUUAUUUAACCUUGCAGUUAUUUUGACAAAAGUUUUUCAGUAUAAAUUUAUAGAGAUAUAUAAUAACUCUUCAUACGGAUGCGGGGGUUAUAACAAUUUACCUAUUCAAAAAAAAAACCCUUCCCCAUUUCUGCCCCAUUGGUCAGAUAUUUCCAUUAACAAACUCGACCAAGAUUUCUCUCUUUUUUUUUUUAUUAAUUUGGAAAUGCUUUGUGCAAAAUUGCGUAGUUAUUGUAUUCAUAAAAAUUUAUGUAUGUUUUAUAUAUAUAUAUAUAUAUAUAUAAUGUUUUGAGAUGAUGAUUUUGGGGACACUGAACUAUGUAACGGAAAACUUUGUAGAAUUUUUCCGGAAGUCACACAGUGGUAACUGCUACAAUAGGAAGUCUUUCUCCGAAAUCUACCUAACUAUAAAAAAAAUAUUACUUUUAUGUCAAUGAUUUAAAGACUAGCAAAUUCAUGCCAAUACAAUUGCUUACGAACAGCAUUUUUAUAAUCACUCUAUUAAUUGCGGCAAAAAUUUUUAGAGUUAUAAACAAAUUCAAAUAAAAAAAAUGAACAGUAAGUAUUUAAAUGAAUAAACCACCUCAGUCACUACCGAAGAGUAGUUAAGAUUCAUCCUGUUCCUUGUAUUUUUAUCUUUGUAUCCAUUUUAUAUAUGAAAACAACAUGAAAAAAAUACUUCAUUAUCGAUCCAGAAACAACCAAAAAAUACACAUGCAGAGAACCGCAAAAAAAAUACUGCUUUAGCAUCAGUGGUGGGAAGUCAUUCUGACGGCGGCUUACAUGGAGGAAGGAUCGGUCGCCAUUUUUAUUUUUAUCACUCACCGGGUUCGAACCGAGGACUCCGAGCUUCAUUUUGUAAGUGCGUUUUAAAAUAAUAUUUUAUUAAAUUUUGAUUAAUUUUUUUAUAAAUUUUAAAUCUUUUCUUGUUAAAAUCUGAAAAUAAAUACGGAUUUUCAAGAUGAUGGUAGUGAUCUCAAUCCAAGAUGGCUAAGUGAUAUUAUUUAUUUUUUAUUUUUUAUAAAUUUUAAAAACGAUGAAUUUUUUUGACAAUAGUUACAGUUUUUCAAGAUGGCGGUCGUAACAAAAAUCGCAAAGAUCUAUAAUUCAAGAUGUCGGGUCUAACGAAAAGUGCUACAAUGGCGUUAUACACAUCCAAUAUGGCGGGCAUAACGAAACGUGCAACAUUUCUAGAAUCCAAUAUGGUGGCCGUAACAAUAUUUGCAACGGUGUGUUUAAAUAUUUUUUAUUUAAAUUUUGCUAAUUAAAUUAUUUUAUAAAUUUUAAAGUUUUUCCCGAUUUUCUAGCAUAAAAAUUACGUAUUUUCAAAAUGGUAGGCGUAGUGAUAAUUGCAACAGUUACGACAUAAUUCACAAUGGCGGUGAUGUCAUCCUAAUUGUCAAGGUCAUGACCUCGGCGGUUUUUAAGCCGCUUUUAGGAAUUUACAAGCCGUUGACAUAUUUGAGGACUAAAACGGAAAAUUUUCCCUCAAACGGGAAUUUUUCCCUCGAAUUAUGAAUUUUUUUAACAGGAAUUUUGAGUCAUUUUUGAGGAAUUUUGACACUAAAAAUGGCCACCGUGACGUCAGAGCAAUCGGUCUCAUACGUUUAUGCUCGUAUGUAUUGUUGAUUAAAAAGUGAGAAUGUAUAAUUUGCAGGGCCCAUAGCAUAAUUAUGUGUACCAGUUGCCGAAAAUGUAAUGUAAUAAUACUUGUACAUCUAAGAAAAAUUAUAAUAUUUCUCAUUAAUUUGCAAUGAAUGUGUAAUUAUUUUUCUACAAAAUUUUUCUAAUACAUUACUAUUUAAUAAAUAAUUUGUCCUCCAAUUGUUUUAUUUUCAUUUGUCCAAAGACAUUUCAUUAUAUACUGUGCUGAAACAUGACUGUCCCACGCACAGAAAGUGUUUUGUUUUAUUUAAAUAACAUUUUUAAUUAUUAUUAUUAUUAUUAUUUGUUGAAAUUUUUAUGUUUUGUUCUAUUGUUGUGUGUUUGGACGUAUCUGCAACUACCAUACUCUAUGGUGUAGUCUGAGUGACUCCAAAGCUCAAUUAGCAAGACCCCUCUAGGGAGCAAUGGACUUAAACGGCAAAUUGAACUUUUUAUACAUAAUUUGCAUAACAAAACUUUCAUUGUUGAAAAAUCAUAUUUUAAAUUUAAGGCAUUUCAGUGUAUUAAUUUGUAUUGUUAAUUGUCUGUGUUUGAUUUUGACGUGAUAAUUAAGUCAACAAUCUUAGUGUCUCGGCCAAUCAGAGGCCAUGUUACUUAAGAUAAGCGUCAUUACUGAAUUAACGGUAAGAGUCUUAGAACAACGACGAUGAUGGCUACAUAGCCCGGGUUUAAAUCCCCUCAAAAAUCAACAGAAUUUAAUAGCUGGGUAGAUCAUCCUACUACUAGGAUGUUUGAAAACGUCGUAUAAACAUAUAUUACAUGUUGUUUAAUUAGGGCACGUCCAAAUUGACGUGUAUUUAGGAGUGAUUUACCGUGAGUAAAAUACCGACUCAUGAUGCUAUCCUAAUUGAACUGUUUUUCUACUUACAAGUAUCGUAAUAUUGCCAACGGACUUAUAAACAUUGCAUUUUAUUGCUGAGCACGUUAAAGUAUCUAUUGAGACGAACAUUUUAUUAAAACAAUUACGUAUCUUGUUCUACACUUGAUUUAGUUCUUACACCUAGAGGUGAACUGAGACAGAGCUCUCACGAUGCUUUACCGCGAUUAUCUAUUGAGUUCAGCCACGGUAUAUCAAAAUUAACUUUAAUCACGAACACAACAAAUAAACAUUAUUUUUCUCACGCUAAUUUCUGAUUAUAAAUUGAGAUUUCAACAGGCAUAUUUAAUUUGAACUAUAUGAACUUUUGUUUUGGUUUCAUCAUGUGUGCAACAUAACUCCAGUAAUUUCAGAAAAUAUGAAUGGUAUACCACUGGUCCAACCAUAAAUUAGUUAUAUUUUUUUUGAUAAAAUAAUAUUUGUGUUAACCAUAUGUUACCCUGUUGUUAUUUUACUGUGCAUAUGUAUGUUUUCCCUAUGAUUUCAAUUUGUCUGUUGUUUAGUCUCAUGCCCUUUGAAGAUUUAAAGUGUGAGAAUAUUUAAUCUUUCUCUUAUGUACCACACUACAUUAGCCUUGUCAUAGUAAGGAAAUUAAGUAGUACAUAAGUGUGGCGCCCAGAUAUCAAUUUUAAAAAUAAUCAAAGAAUAUAUAUAUUCGACAGAGCAACAAAUAGCCAAAGAGAACUAUUUAUUAUUUAAAUCUUAUUACACUAAGAGCCUUUUAACAGAGUGUAGGAGAGUGUAUGAAAUAUAGUAAAUAUUAUUAUUAAAAAUAGAAAUAGUGUGGGAUAUUUAAGUCUGUAACAUUGGCCGCAUUGUGGACUUGAGACUAGUUGGAAAAAGAUGGCCGCAUAGCUUGAUCAAAUGUAACUGUAGUUGGUGAUUUAUGAAAUAAAAAUGUAACACUUGCCGACGAGGAUGGGAUGUGCCGGAAAGAAUAAUCCGUUUAUUCAGCGUUGUUAAAAUGGGAGGUUUCAAAGUGGAAAAUUUUGUUUGCAGCGAGGAUUCGUGGGAAUCGUACGCUGAGCGGCUGGAACAGUGUUUUAUUGCCAAUGGCGUCAGUGAUAAAGAAGAGGACCAAGCGAAGCGGCGCGCAAUUUUGAUAUCGUCAUUAGGCAAAGAAACAUAUGAAGUCUUACGUAAUUUGUGCGAACCAAAGAAACCUCAGGACGUGAGUUACAGGGAACUUUUGAAGUUGUUGAGUGAUCAUUAUUCUCCCAAGCCAUCGGUCAUAGCUGAACGGCAAAAUUUCCACAAGCGUGUGCAACAAGAUAGUGAAACAAUUUCUGACUUUGUGGUUGGGUUACGGAAAUCAACCAGGUAUUGUAAUUUUGGGACGUUUUUAGACUUGGCUUUGCGUGACCAAUUUUUGGUCGGGGUUAGAGAUAAACAUAUAACACAUAGGUUAUACUUGGAAUCAGAAGACAUCACGUUUGAGAAUGCCGUAGCACUUGCAGCUGCGUAUGAAGCGGCUAUGGAUAAUGCAUCUUUAGGUGUGGCAGAUUUGAAGGUUAGUGAGGUACCUUGUCAGACGCCUCCAGUGACCGAGGCCGUAAAUGUAGUCAAGUUUAGGCCCAGGAAGGUAGAUGAAAAAGGGUUAGGAACAAUGAAAUGCUUUUGCUGUGGUAGGGCUAACCAUGUGGUGAAAGACUGUAAAUUUAAGAGUUAUAGGUGCAACAAUUGUAAACAGUUGGGUCAUUUGCAGCGUAUGUGUCCAAAUCAAGCAAUGUCAAAGAAGGGUGAGUCGAGAGCACACAACUUUGUGGUACAUCAUGGUGCAGAGAACCAAGUUGGCCUCGUAGAUCGGUGGGAAAGUGAGUUCACAUCAGUGUUUUGUAUAUCAACUGGAACAAAACCAAAGCCAUGGGUAAUACCUGUUUUGGUUGGGGAAGUACAAUUAGACAUGGAAGUGGACAGCGGUGCUGCUAUAUCCGCUAUAUCAGAACAUACUUACAAACAAUUGUUUGCAACCCAUCCCUUGAGGCCUACCAAUGUCAGAUUGAAGUCUUAUACAAAUGAGGUGAUGAGUCCGUGUGGUACGUUGAGGGUGCCUGUGAACGUAAAGGGACAGCCUGAGUCUGCAGAAUUAGAUCUUUUUAUUGUACCAAAUGGUGGUCCACCCUUGCUAGGGAGAGACUGGUAUGAUGCUUUACAUUUACCACGACCGCACUUGUAUCAUAUCGAGACAUCAGAGAAGCAAAAGUGGGAGUUGUUUAACAGCUUGGUAAGGCGAUAUCCACUGGUUUUUGAUGAGGGUCUGGGAACAUUUACUGGUGGGCAGGUCUCCUUACGACUAAAGGAAAAUGUCCCUCCUGUGUUUUUGCCUGCCAGGACCCUUGCGUUCGCACUAAAAAGCAAGGUGGACACGGAGCUAGACAGACUGUUAGGGCUGCACAUUCUGCACCCCGUAACAUUCAGUAAAUGGGCUACACCGAUUGUGCCAGUGGCAAAAAGUGAUGGCAGUGUACGCAUAUGUGCUGAUUUUAAAAUAACUGUAAAUCCUGGAUUAGUAGCAGAGUAUUACCCACUACCCAGGGUGGAAGAGCUGUUUGCAAAGUUGAAGGGUGGUGAGGAAUUUUCUACAGUCGAUUUGUCUCAGGCAUUCCAGCAGUUAAAGUUAGAUGAGGCAUCUCAAGAAUUGUGCACAAUCAAUACACACAGGGGUCUUUUCAGAUACAGCAGACUACCAUUCAGAAUUGUGUCCUGUCCGGCCAUUUUUCAGCGUACAAUGGAGCAGGUCCUUCAGGGCCUAGACGGACUGGUUUUCUUUCAAGAUGACGUUCUGGUUACUGGUCCGACAAGGGAGCAGCACUGGAAAAAUCUGGGUACAGUAUUCCAGCGUCUAGACAAAUAUGGUCUCAAGGUAAAUAUGAAGAAGUGUAAAAUCCUUCAGCCUUCAGUAACAUUUUUGGGUCACACUAUUGACAAAGAGGGGCUACAUACUUGCGGCGAUAAGGUCAGUGCAGUUGUGGGUGCACCAGUUCCGCAAGACCUUAAGCAGCUGCGUGCAUGGCUGGGGUUGGUAAACUAUUAUGCUCGGUUCUUACCUAACCUCUCUACAAUCCUCGCACCCUUGCAUGGGCUUUUGAAGAAAGGAUGUCGUUGGAGUUGGACCUCGCAGUGCGAUGUUGCCUUCAAGCAGCUUAAGAAUUUAAUUGUUUCAUCUACUGUACUGGUCCACUAUGACCCUGAGUUGCCUAUCAAGAUGGCGUGUGAUGCUUCCCCAUAUGGCCUCGGGGCGGUGAUCAGUCAUGUGUAUCUGGACGGCUCGGAGAAGCCAAUUGCGUUUGCUUCUCGUACAUUGUCAGAAGCCGAGAAGAACUAUUCGCAGUUAGAUAGGGAAGCCUUGGCAAUUGUUUUUGGCGUCAAGAAAUUCUGCCAGUAUGUGUAUGGGCGGAAGUUCUGCCUGGUUACCGAUCACCAGCCCCUAACGCACAUAUUUGGCAACCAUUGCGGCAUUCCUCAAUUAGCUGCAAAUCGCCUACAGCGCUGGGCUGUUUUGUUGCAAGGAUUUGACUAUGAGGUACAGUAUGUGAGAGGUUCAGCAAACUCCAAUGCAGAUGCCCUUUCCAGGCUGCCGUUGCACCGGGUAGAGGUUUCAGAAGAGUUUUCAUAUCUGCACGUUGCAAAGGCUGAGUUUUUACCAGUGACGGCACAAGCCAUUAGGAUUGCUACAGAGCGUGACCAGGUUUUGAGCAAAGUAUUGUUGUGCGUUCGUGAUGGCUGGCCGUCAGAGGUUGAAGAGGCUUUGAAACCAUUUUACACAAGAAGGCUGGAAUUGAUCCUUGAGCAGGGAGUGCUGAUGUGGGGCCACAGAGUGGUCGUGCCGUUGUCUCUACAGAGUAAAAUUUUGCAGGAAUACAUUCCAGCCAUUUUGGUGUGUGUAAAAUGAAAGCUCUAGCACGGUCUUACGUUUGGUGGCCGAAGUUAAAUGAUACAUUGGAAAAGGUCACAACAUCGUGUGAGUCGUGUUUGCGGGAGAAGUCUAUGCCUGAUAAGUCUAUCCUUCUGCCAUGGGUAUGGCCUGGCAAGCCGUGGCAUAGAGUACAUGUGGACAUUGCUGGUCCCUUCCUGGGAAAGAACUUCUUGGUGUUAGUGGACAGCUACUCUAAGUGGCCUGAAGUGUGUGAACUCACAAGUACUAGCAGCACAGCCGUUAUCAACAAAUUGCGUGGGUGGUUUGCAACGCAUGGCCUCCCGGAGCGGCUUGUAUCAGAUAAUGGCCCCCAGUUUGCAUUGGAAGAGUUUCAACAUUUCUGCCGUCAGAAUGCCAUAAGACACACAUUUUCCCCACCAUACCACCCAGCAACCAACGGGCAAGCUGAGAACAUGGUCAAGACGUUCAAGCAGAAGAUCAAAGCCAUUCUCCACUCUGGGGUGUCAAUGGAGGUGGCACUCCCUAGGUUCCUUCUGAGCUGCCGGACGACACCUCAUGCUGUUACUGGAGAGUGUCCCAGCAGUUUGAUGUGUGGCAGGGUAUUGCGAAAUAGACUCUUCCCUGGUUACGCCUUCCGUAGCAGCCACGGUUGCUACCCACCAACCACCUCCUGCUUCUUCACCUCGGUGCAGGUCGGACACUUUUGCGCCUGGCAGUGCAGUGACUUUUCGAGUCUAUGGGCGCGGAGAGAACAAGUAGGACCGAGGCAUCAUAGUUGACCAACUGGGUCCGCUCACUUACAGGGUAAAUGGUAUUGGAGGAGGUGUUUUCCAUCGUCAUCUGGAUCAGAUCAGAUUAUUUUCCCCAUUUCAGACAUUUGUGCCACCCUUCGACCAGCAUGGCGUAGACAGUGACACGAGUACUUGGGCUGCAGUAGCGCCUCAGGUUGCAAGAACUCCCUCAGAGUCAGUCACUGCCAAGGGCCGUGAUACUGUUGGAAAAGUAAAGCGUGUUACACCAGGGAUGGUUACUGGUGCGAAUGGUAGUGCCUUCUUCAAGCGGUUCAGUCCAGCUACAAUGGUCAGUGAGAGUUGUGAAAUAGGAAGGGGGAAGAGUGUGCUUGACAGUGACAGCGGUACGGACCAACAGGUUUUAGGAAACAGCAGUACGUCAUAUGCAGGCAGAAUGGAGGACGAGCAAUUCAAAGGAUUUCCUGUAGAGGCGUCUUCACUCGGCAACAGCACUGUUAAGGAUCGUAGGUACCCGAUGAGAGACAGAGUACCAAAGAAGGUUACUGAUGUAUAGUGUGUUAUCUGCAGUGUAGGACAUUUGUUGGCAACAAUGUAUUCGUUUGUUGUACUCUUUGUAACAUAGGCGGGAGUGACUGGUUUGUGUUCUCUAGUGUAUUUGUACUCUCUUUUUAGUAUUGGUUUAUAUACCUAUUCUUCUUCCAAAUGGUUAUGUGGGGGAAAAGUGUGGGAUAUUUAAGUAUGUAACAUUGGCAGCAUUGUGGACUUGAGGCUAGUUGGAAAAAGAUGGUCGCAUAGCUUGAUCAAAUGUAACUGUAGUUGGUGAUUUAUGAAAUAAAAAUGUAACAAAUAGUAAAAAAAGUAAACUCUAUCUCUAAUAACAAACAACACUAACAACAUUCUUCAUACUAUUUACAGAGUGGCAACCCAACUAGUGGGGCCCGAUUUGUUUGUGUCAAAUCUGAUAGGUUUGUUUACAUGCAAGUAUUUAAUUGAACUUUCAAGUGCGCAGGAUAUUUGUUGUAAUUGUUAAUUGUAGUCUUGUUAGAGGUCUUACAUAAUGGCUCAGCAGACAUACAAUCUAAGAAGUAGGGCCAACAGUAUGUGUGAAGAGUGUCCCACGACUCACAGCUCUGACAGUGACACAUCGACGGCCAUGGAGGACUGUAGUUCACCAGAAACAAGAGUAAUGGAUGUACCUACACACUCACACACGCAGCAUAGUGACAGGUUAGGGCGGCCAGUGUCACCUUUUCCCGCAGGGGGGGUAACACAAGAACAUGACAAGACAACAACUGCACCGGGAACAUCCACAUUGAGUCCUGACAUGACACUAAUGCUACAACAGGUGUUGCAACAGCUCACAAAACAAACCGAGCAAUCUGAGAAUAGGAUAAUGUCCCAACUCGCAAUACAAACCGAGCAAUCUGAGAACAGGAUUAUGUCUCGACUGUCCAGUCAGGCCGAACAUACAGAGCAAUCUGAUAAUAGGAUAAUGUCCCAACUCUCCAAGCAGGCAGAGCAGAUGGAGGCAAAGCUAGACAUCACUUGUUCCAGUGUACAAAGUCUGGAACAUAGCAUAGAGGAGAAGCUAGUGCAACAACAGAGAGAGAUUAAUCAGGCAGUGGAGAAGGUGACUCAGACAGUUGAGCGGGUAUGGGAGUUGGAAACACAACUACUAGCCAUUCGCGAGAAUGUGACCCUAGAACAACAUGGUCUGAGGGAGUUUUGUCAUCGCAGUCAGGUCUGCAUGAGGGACGAGCUGCAUGGGCAGACUCGACGACUAGAAGUCAGGCUGGAUGACAUAGAGGUGGCGACCUCUAACUUACGAGAUUGCCUGCAGAAUCUGACUGUAAGUCAGAGUCGUACACCUGACACAACUGGUGGUACACAGCGAGAGGUAACUGAAGUGCCACCUACAGGUACAGGUAAACAGCUGUACACUACACCUGGGUGCAGUUAUGACACCCACCCUGCAGAAUCACUACCCAGGCAGUCUGUAGAGACUAGGGCAACAGUUCAGCCUAGAGCAACUACAACAACAGAGCGCCAUCUGGACCCGGUAGCUCUUAUGCACCAUCCAGCAAAGCUGUGGGCAGAGGCCAUGCCUACUUUCGCAGGCAGAGCAAAUGAGAGUCCUAUGAGGUUCCUCAGAAAAUUCGAGGAAUAUGUGGCCAUGUUUAACCUCACCGACGGAGAGAUUCUGAAAUGUCUGAACAACGCGUUAAAGGGUCAAGCAUUCUAUUGGUGGGUGCUGACCAGCACCAACACCCACAGUUUCACCCAGUUCAGGGAGCUGUUCAGACUGCAAUUCUGGAACAUCAGAAUCCAGAGUAAUCUGAGGGCACAACUCCACACCGAGAAAUACGACCCAAGGAAGGGCACAUCUCUGGAGGCACAUUUAUCCACCAUGUACGACAAGACCAGGUAUUUGGACCUCCCUAUGACCAAUGAGUUUGUGGCUGCCAUGUUAACACAGCUGCCGCUGAAAUACCAGAAGCAGUUGUCUGGCCUACACUACCGUGAUGUCACUGAGUUCCGUGACCGGCUGCUCAACUACGAUAAGCUCGAGAAGCUGGAUCGAGUGGCACCCAGGACAGAGGAGGCAGACCGAGCACCACCUCACCAGAAGCAGCACCAGGUCAACCCUUACUGGCAAGGACGUGAGGGGAAACAGAAACCGGAGCGCCAGGCCGCAGUCAACUACAUGAGCUGGCAAGCAAGGGGGGAAGCACCUCGUGGUAACGGCGGGCCCUACCACAACCGAUACAGAGGGGCACCCUACAACAGGAAGCGUACCUGGUGGCCCAGCAACAAGGGAUACCACAGUGGUGAAGAGGGGGCAGAACGAGCCAGGAAGAGUGCCCGUUAUGAAGAGAGAAGGCGGUCCUAUUCGCCGGAGCAACUGCCACCCAGGGAGUCCCGCAACUACAGUCGUCGUGCCUCAUCCGAUGACGAGAGAGAGUAUCACUACAACCAGCAUCGUAGGAUGAAGGAGAAACAGUACCACGACCAAUGCGAAGAUUCCCGCCUGCCAUACUACCAAAGCCCCAAGACGACAGACAGCGGUGGAGGCAAGGCCCACUACAGCCACCCGUCUGAGCAACCGGCGUCGCCCAACAGAACGUUUCGCCAGAGCCAACAACCUGGAACGACCAAUCAGCAUGGAGCACGUCCAUGCUAUCUACUAGAAAACCCUGUUGCGGCAGAGUUUAAGUCCGCAGUACAGGAAGCAGCAGGUACCAGUACAUGGUACAAUAACAACAGAAAUGUGCCAGACUCGCAGGAUGCGCGAGUGUCAAAGGGCACAUUAAACUAGAAAGGGUUUCUGUAGGAUCGCCCCGCACCGAAACCGGACCUCCAGACUCAGGGGUGAAUAAUGUGACAUGUAUUUAUAGCUGUAUAAGCUACUCCAAGUUUAUGUGUACCGUAAUGCUGAGAGAUAAUGAAAGGGAUUUCUUGUACAAAGAGACCAACAAGGGCGUAGUACCGCAAUUCCACACGGUCUGCCCACAAAUUAACCUAAACAUAUAUGGGCAAGAAGAGGCUGCACUUAUUGACAGUGGAGCAGAGGUGACCUGUAUCAGUGAGGAGCUGGUAUGUUUCCUAGAACGCAUUGGCAUGAAGGUACCAAAAAUUCCAGUACCUGCCAUCAAAAUUAUUGGUGUUACUUCUAGAGCCAGUCCUAUUGUGAACAGGCAAGUGCUCAUAACAGUCUAUGGACUUGGAAAACCCAAGGAGUUGACAGCACUAGUGGUAAAGGGAUUAGCAAAACCACUGGAGUAACAGCUGAGAGCAGUCUGUAUGUGAUGGCUAACACAAGAGCCGUAUAAUCCCCGUGUUUAUAGUGUGUUAUGUUGUUAUGUAUAUGGUACGCCAGGAGAGGCGUAAUAUAGCCGUUGAGUAUACCCUUGCGUAAGAGCGGAAGUGUAAUUCCCGCCAGUGUCCUGUGACGAGGUGAAGUGACAUGCCACCCGCACUGGGAUUUUGAGUAGCCAGUGAAGCUAUUAUGGGUAUAAAUUAUUUAUGAGGUAUUUGAGUAUUUUACGGCUAAUGUAUUCUUCGAUUUGGGUACUGACCCACUAACACUAACACAUAUUGGGAAGUACUAGACUCGCCUUAUUUACUGUGAAGAGCUAUGUAAUUAUCUAGCAAGAAGACAUGAGUGUAACUGUGUUCGACAAAAUACAUGUGAGAUGUUAUUUCACCUAGCUGUGUACACAUGUGUAAACACUGGCAUGCAAAGCACUUCUACAAGCGCAAAACACUUUGCAACUACAAGCAAAAUUAUUCUAGGUUACCUUGUUAUGGGUUAUUCCAGUUGAUAUUUCGUUGCACUGAGACACUUUUUCUUGCAGAGAUCACAAUUUAAAAUGAAAGAGAUAUAUUAUUUUUUUGGUUUGAUAUGAGAAAACUAAUGAAAUUUGGAGUAAUCCUUUUUCUGAUGUUUUAGGUUGGUAUCACUUGGCAAUACUGAUUAGAAAAGUAUGCAUCUAUUUCGUAUACAAAUCCAAUCUAUUAGUAGUGUUGAAUUUAAUUAGGUUUUAUGCCUAUAUUUGUUGUUAAAGAAAAAAAAGGGGUAUGCUAAUCUGCUAUGAAAUGAUAACAAGAAAUUUGCAGAAAACAUCUAUACGAAGUUUUAUUGUGAAAGGGCCCUAUACAGAAAAUUUAUAAAUUUUCACUAUAUGAAGCACUCGAUUUUUCGAAGUUUGUUAUUAUGUAUUUUUUUCCUUGAGGAAGAAUCUUGAUAUAGGCUGACCUGAAAAACACUGUGUAGAAUCCUAUGUCGCGAGAUGACACGCUCUUGCAGUGAGUGUCCACAGGCCUCAGUAUAAACAAACUUCAAGCUAUACAAUUCUCCCAGCAAAAGAGAAAAAUUUUCAAGAAAAUAUAAUUAUUUUGUUUGUCUUAAAAAUACUAAUUCAGCUCUGAGAAAAGAGAAAAUUAAAAAUUUACUACUCAGCAGGAGCAGUUGCAAGCUAUCCUGAAGAACACAUGUUUUGUUUACAAUUGAUAAGAUAGCAUGUCGCUAUCUACACCGAGGCUAGGAGCCUCAGACACAUUACAAGGCUCAAUUCCUAUAAGGAAUAUAUUCGUGAAAAAUGAACGUGAAUUUCCGACCCAGUGAAGCCUGCUGCGGGUCGUUAAAACACGAUGAAAAUGAAAGUGGAAUGAAAGAGCACUGAACAGCUGAUCUGCUCCGAUAGUCGCCAGAGUGAAAUCGGAGACCACCAGUCAGAUAAAAGGGUUCAAGUUACUCACUCGCCGAGAGGACUGAGAAAAAGAUGAAAAAAAUAAAAAAGAAAAGACAAGAGAAUUCGCCUGCUGCUGUAAUAAAAGAGGCGGAUGAAAAUGAAACAAGAAAAGAAACAUAUAGUGUGAUUUCUUUCACACAGCCUUGUCACCUAGCUAAAAACACUUUGUUUAGCUAAAAACAUUUUUUUUGUUUAAAGAAUGCAUUUAAAAUCUUAUUAAAAUCAGGCUAUCAUAAUAACAGCCUAUAACACUGUAUAUAAAUGUAAUGUAAGUGUUAUGAUAUGAUAUUGUGAAUUGUAAAUUUUUGUGAAUUGUUGAUGAAAUGUAGAUGUAAGAUAUACAUGAUGUUGAUAUGUUAGGUGAAUUGUGAAGCAUAUAGGCAGCUUUAUGCUUAGACUGCAUGUAAAUGGACAUUGGAAAAUCACAUCCUAACAAUAUGAGAAAUGUAUUAAUCUACCAAUUAAUUUAUGCAAAGUUGAAAUAAUUUGAAUUUAAACAUUUUAUGAAAUAUGUUAUUCAUGUUUUAUGAGCUUAUUGUUGAUUAAGCUAAUAUAUUAUUCUUGUUAAUAGGUUCCGAACCGAGAGUUAUUUAUAUAAUUUGAUUUGUUAUUGUUACCUAUAAGCAUAAAUAUUUUAAGUAUAUUUGGUUGGCUAGUGGUAUGCAUGCUUUAAGAAUAGAAGUUGAUAGGCCUGCAUACACUCGUGCUUGCAAGUGCAUGAUCACACAUGUUAUAAUUGAUAAACUUUGAUUUACGAACGAGAGGUUUAAGUUAAGUGAGUGCAGUGAUUACACUCGACAAUAGGAGCAAACAGAGAUGCGAAUUCCUUCGGAAGUGUACCUAACAAUGACGUGUGCUGCAAUUGAAGUGCUGGCGCCGCGGUGCUCCACCGCGUCACGCACUGGGCCAGGACCAGGGCGGCAGGUUCCGUCGCUCCGAGACGACUACCCCAGCGGGAGCAGGUGGCGGUGAUCCCGUCUGCUGCUCCGUCGCCGCUGCGCGCCUGUGACGUCAGCCGACAUCCCGCGCUAAUUUGGUCGGCAGAGCUGUCCAAGGGCAGUAGGAUCACCACCCGGUUAUAUGGUCCCAGGUUCGCCUUCCACAGGAUGCAGCCAGCACCACGGAUGGAGGCCGAUCCACUGCUACAGUGAUGACCUGGAUAAAGUCCCAUUGUUAUGCAACAUGUACAUUUCCUCACAUUUCCCUUGUGAUUGCGACGAAUACUUACUGUGAGUAUUGUCCUCCGAGUGCUACUGCAUCCAACUUAGUUGCAGGACUGACGACGCCGAGAAUUUCUACAAGAUUGCAAGUUUUCCCGCGAAAAUGCACCGACGACCAGCUCAGGUCUGAACUCUGUGACGGAGUGCCGCGUACUGAGGGAAUAGUCCACGAAUCAGGAGGAGGGGUGCGGGACAGGUGUCCUUUCUCGCACCUAAGUUUUUUUUUCUUCUCCCUUUUUCUUUCGUCAUUUUGUGGUGUCGCGCGAGUCGUUGCCUGGCAACUAACUUUUUUUAUUUAACUCAAGCAGCGAGUUUCCAACUGAAAAGCACACCGUGUCUUGUUUGAAAUUUUGAAAACUGCAACACACUAUGCUUAUCAAGGGCGGCAAUUCUGUGGUGAAACAUGACUGUCCCACGCACAGAAAGUGUUUUGUUCUAUUGUUGUGUGUUUGGACGUAUCUGCAACUACCAUACUCUAUGGUGUAGUCUGAGUGACUCCAAAGCUCAAUUAGCAAGACCCCUCUAGGGAGCAAUGGACUUAAACGGCAAAUUGAACUUUUUAUACAUAAUUUGCAUAACAAAACUUUCAUUGUUGAAAAAUCAUAUUUUAAAUUUAAGGCAUUUCAGUGUAUUAAUUUGUAUUGUUAAUUGUCUGUGUUUGAUUUUGACGUGAUAAUUAAGUCAACAAUCUUAGUGUCUCGGCCAAUCAGAGGCCAUGUUACUUAAGAUAAGCGUCAUUACUGAAUUAACGGUAAGAGUCUUAGAACAACGACGAUGAUGGCUACAUAGCCCGGGUUUAAAUCCCCUCAAAAAUCAACAGAAUUUAAUAGCUGGGUAGAUCAUCCUACUACUAGGAUGUUUGAAAACGUCGUAUAAACAUAUAUUACAUGUUAUUUAAUUAGGGCACGUCCAAAUUGACGUGUAUUUAGGAGUGAUUUACCGUGAGUAAAAUACCGACUCAUGAUGCUAUCCUAAUUGAACUGUUUUUCUACUUACAAGUAUCGUAAUAUUGCCAACGGACUUAUAAACAUUGCAUUUUAUUGCUGAGCACGUUAAAGUAUCUAUUGAGAUGAACAUUUUAUUAAAACAAUUACGUAUCUUGUUCUACACUUGAUUUAGUUCUUACACCUAGAGGUGAACUGAGACAGAGCUCUCACGAUGCUUUACCGCGAUUAUCUAUUGAGUUCAGCCGCGGUAUAUCAAAAUUAACUUUAAUCACGAACACAACAAAUAAACAUUAUUUUUCUCACGCUAAUUUCUGAUUAUAAAUUGAGAUUUCAACAGGCAUAUUUAAUUUGAACUAUAUGAACUUUUGUUUUGGUUUCAUCAUGUGUGCAACAUAACUCCAGUAAUUUCAGAAAAUAUGAAUGGUAUACCACUGGUCCAACCAUAAAUUAGUUAUAUUUUUAUUUGAUAAAAUAAUAUUUGUGUUAACCAUAUGUUACCCUGUUGUUAUUUUACUGUGCAUAUGUAUGUUUUCCCUAUGAUUUCAAUUUGUCUGUUGUUUAGUCUCAUGCCCUUUGAAGAUUUAAAGUGUGAGAAUAUUUAAUCUUUCUCUUAUGUACCACACUACAUUAGCCUUGUCAUAGUAAGGAAAUUAAGUAGUACAUAAGUGUGGCGCCCAGAUAUCAAUUUUAAAAAUAAUCAAAGAAUAUAUAUAUUCGACAGAGCAACAAAUAGCCAAAGAGAACUAUUUAUUAUUUAAAUCUUAUUACACUAAGAGCCUUUUAACAGAGUGUAGGAGAGUGUAUGAAAUAUAGUAAAUAUUAUUAUUAAAAAUAGUAAUAGUAAAAAAAGUAAACUCUAUCUCUAAUAACAAGCAACACUAACAACAUUCUUCAUACUAUUUACAAUACUAAGCUUACUGAUUUUUACUGUUUCUCGAUUUUUCUUUUUUAUGCAAUUUUAAAAUGUAAAUUUGGCAUGCAGCAAGUACAAUUUCUAAAACGUGAGUAUAAGUUACUAUAAAACUACGUCCAUUACUUAUAUUUAUUGUACUAGAAUUCCUCGCUCCAAAUCACUUGGACUCUGGCUGAUUUUCGUGUAUUACAUCAGUGGUCGUAAUUUAUGCACGCCUUUUUCCUAGAUCUGAAGCAGUGUUUUGCAUGUGUUAACGUGUCGAUUGUUUUUUUAGCGAUUUGGGAAGGGGGGAAUUACUACUCUUCGCGUAUCACUUUAUCUAGCCACCUCUGAAAUAUUAUUUUGUUACCUAUGACGAUUAGCCUACUCCCUUCAUAUGUUCAUUCAGACACUUCUGACUGGGUAGCGAAGGCGGUUUGUGGUAAAGGUCUGUGACCCUUUCAGAGUUAAAUUUUAAUUAUAGAAAAAUUAAUAUUAAUUACAACAUAUGUUAUUUCAUGCCUGUCCGACCUGCAGUAUAUAAAUACCUACAAGGAGAACUACCAGUGAUGGUUGACGUCACCCGUAGGGAUAGCAUGAAGGCGCUCUCCAUUUCGUCAGACGCGACAGCCAAUAUUUAUGUUGCAAUAAUAAAUUACUACACGAGACCAUAUUUUGUAAAUUUUAAUUACGUGUUUUAAAAGAAAGAAUUUUGACGAAUGCCAGGGUCAUUGAGCAACUAAUGACAUAGAUUUCAAACAUCAUACAUGAUAAAUAAAAAUGAAGGGGUCAUCGAAAGCCACAAGCUGCAGGUCGGCUAAAAGCAAACCAAAAAAUGCUUCAGCUCUAUCCUCAUCUAUACAUACUUACAUGCAUAAUACAUUCAAACAACUAAAAUUAAUGCAAUAAGCUGCAAUAUUUUGUGGACAUAUAUUCACCUACAAAUAUAAAUUUAUUGUAUAAAAAGGUCAUUUUUAUAUUGUACAGAAAACUAUAAAUUUUAAUCAUAUAUCAAAAAAUACCACUUUACAACAGAAAGUCACGUAAUUAGAUGUUCAAUCAUAUAUCUGUGGCAAAAUGUGUAAAGCAAGAAAACCUGUAACAGCGCAAACCCUUUUUCGUACAGUAUAUAACAAGACAUUUUUUUUUUACGGGAAGGAAAACUGCAUUACUGGCCAACCUCACUGAUUGUAGUGGUCAGCUGUGUACGAGAGUUCUUGUGUCAUCUCAAGGAUUAGCCUAUUUAGUAUAAGCAUGUCAAACUAGUCGAAUAUGUUAUAAUAAAUAACUAAAAACUUGAUCUUGCGUAACUUGCAGAAGAGACGAAAUCUAACAGUUUCGCCACCAACCCACCGCGGUAAAAUGUACAAUAUGUUUAUCGUAUAAAUGAAGUGUUCUUUAUAUUUGUUUGCAUAUGUAUGCACAAAAUUAAGAUGUAUUAUAAUUCUGCUGGGUUGCAUACGGUUACUUACGGGUUUAGAACUGAAAUAUACUGAAAAUAGUAAUAUUUAUCCUCUUAUGCGCUGAGGGUCGAGCGGUCGAAGUCUGGGGAAAAUUGACAGAGAAAACCGAGCGGAAAUCUUACCUCUCUCUGAGGCAGGCAGUUGGCUGGCUUCCCCCACCCCCCUUUCAAGGCUCGUUGAAGAACAUGACACCCCGCUGGGCGAUAAGGAAUUCUAAGAAAAGCGCGUUCUUUUCUCCUACUCCUCCACCACCACCCCCUCAUCACUCCAUAGCUCAUCCAUACAGCUAGUGCUCUCUAUCGAGAAUUUUGGAACCACGUGUGUGUGUUCUUUGCGCGCUCGGGAGAAACUCAGGAUCUUAGUCUUAAGUCAUGACAGAAUUAAGCCAAUCUAUGAAUACCAACAAACAUAGAAUUUAUUUGGCUAGGAUAUUCUAAUUUUCUGAUUUUGCUUUGUAUUUUGAAUAUUAAAAACUUAACAAAAUUGCUUUGCUUCUUUAAAUAGGUUUUAUUUAUAUUUGACUGCUUGGCUAGAAAUAAAUUUAAUGCAUUACAGCCUACUCCAAAUACUUAUGUGAAUUUGUGCAUUUAAAUAUGUUGUGUGUCAAAUUUCUAUUUUAUUAUUAUUGAUUUGAACAAAAACGAGCAUUUGCGGAGUAUUGUUUGUAAACAAACGUAUAUUUCAUUGUUUGCAUCAGCUAAAUUUCAUAGUUGAAUUUGCAAAUCGUAAACCAAUGUUGUAUCGUGCAAGGACGACGAGAGAAAGAGAGAGAGUGUGUGUGUGUGUACGUGCGCGCACACGUGCAUGUGUGUGGUUUUUUUUAAAACAAAAUCAGAUUUUUAAAAAAAAUUUCUAGAAUUUGUGUGGCUAUUAAGGAAGCUUCAAAUAAAUAAAUGUAUGACAGGUUCUUUGAAUUUGUCAAACAUAUAUAUUACUGUAAUAUUCAACUUAUUAUUUGAGGGGGAAAAUUGAGCUUUUAUGAUUGGAUAUAUUUUUUAAUAUUUGGCCAUGUGUUUCACUAAGGAACCUCCAAAAUCUUAUUGCACAACAUGUGUAUAAAGAGUUUAAAUGAUAUUGUAGGGGGAGGAGAGGAUGGGGACCAGUUUAACUCAUAGCAUCUGGAUUGUAAAGCAGAUGUGAAAAGUAAAGUUGCUAGUUGCCUGUCCGUGUUAAAAAACUCAGACUUUCCUCUUAGUCAUUACCUACAUGCUAAUAUUUUUUAGAUUAUAUUGAGUGCCUGAUACAGGAAAUUUUUCUUUGAGGAAGGGGAUGGUGGUUUGAGAAAAAAAAAUAGAAAAAAUUAAUUACAUUUUGAACAACUGUUUUGCAAAUUUUUUCCCAACUUUGUGAGGGGGAAGAUAUAUCCCAAAUCUCCCCCCCCCCCUUCCCCAACCCACCACUGAUUAUAUUCAAGCUCUGGAUGGCCUUAUCAGUUGUGAUUACUCAAACUUAUGUGGUAGCCUUACUUUAGCACCGUAACUGAUAACCUCAAGAUAAACGUAAAAGAAAAUUUGUUUAAAAGAUAAAUGUUUUCUUUGUGUAUCUGCUAUUAAUGCUUCGUAGAAUGGAUGGCUCUCUCAAAACAAAGACGUUCAUGAAUGUGAUGGUGGUUGAUAACACGAGUUUCAUUAGGUCAUUCCGGCUCUAGUUGCUAGCUGCCAUUCCAACAGCCAAUAUGGAUGAAGCUACGUCAAAUAAAAUAUUUGGUCAGUUAGAUACUUCACUUCAGUAUCUUAAUAAAAACUUCAUAUCUCUGAAGGAUCAAGAGAGAAAAACUUGUGUUGAACACUUCAAAAAGGUUUUGGAUAAAUUAGUUCUUGAAAUGAAGAGACAAGAUGUUCUUUUCUCAGCAUUAUUUGAAAGAGUGUGUGGCGCAGGAAGUUACUUUGAUGGGCUAAGAGUUGCAACAGCUAACGAGUUUGAUAUGGACGUGGUUAUGAGACUACCAAUCAACUACAGUGAAAUGAUUAUUGAAAAUGAAGAUGUACAACCUGCGUUUGUAAAAGUGAAGAUCACAAAAGUGCUUGAUUUAUUAAGGCAACAUCCACGCUGGACCUCUGAUUACAGGUCACAUGGCUAUGCAGAGACUUAAAGUGACGAGUCUUCCAAGAUUAUAUUUGACUCCGAACCACUUGCGUACUGACUCAGUGCUCAUGCGUUAGUCAUGCCAGGGUGUUGGAUUGAAACUCAGCCCUCUCCACAAGGGAACCCCUUUGACCUUUAGUGAAAGGCUUCCUAGGGGACUUGAUUACUGGCGGGACAGUGAUGGUUAUCUGCUUCAGACAAAAUUCAGAACAUGGAUGGAAGGUGUUGUUCAAAAGACAUUAAAUACCCUUCCAAAAGUAGAGAAUAAUCGUUCUGAACUGACAAUUGUACAGAAUGAUUCUAAUGGUGGAGAAGAUGUAGAAGUGAAAUACUCUAUAUUAUUCAAAAAGUCAGGUCCAGCCAUGACCCUGAAUAUUUCCAUGCCAGGAAAUCUUCCCAAUGUGGAUGUGGAUUUGGUGCCUGUGUUGGAGUUCAAACAUCCUCAGUGGCCUCCAAAGCCAGUCAAGGAGCUGGGUGCAGACAUGGCAAAAAAAAGACCUGCAUGGUUUAUUGUCCCCAAGCCAAAAAAUUCCCCCUCGUUCAAGGAUUAUUUCUGGCGGCUUGCUUUCCACGAUCAGGAGCGGGAGAUGCUGCAUAGCAAAGCAUGUUUGAAGCCAGUCUGCAGACUACUAAAGAAAUUCCGUGAUUCAAGAGGAAUAUGCCUUGUUGCCAGUUAUUAUAUUAAAACACUAUUUUUAUGGGAAGUGCAUGAAAAUAAAGACCCAGAGUUAUGGAAGACAGGUAUCGCAAAGCUGUUUUUUCAUAUGUUACAGAAACUUCAUCAGAGUCUGAAAGAUGGUUACAUCUACUAUUUCUGGGACAAACGAUACAACUUGCUCGAAGGGAUGACUAAAGUUCAGUUGGAAAACUAUGCUGGUAACCUUGCCAAUGUGAUGAAGAAUUUAAAGAAAAGGGCGUUAUCAGAACCAGAAAAUAUUGACACUUCGGCACUGGCAGAAUAUUUAUUAACCAAAAGUGAAUUGGAGAAAUAUACCGAGGGGCAGACCAGCAUGUUGGGUACUAGAGAAGCAAGUUCUCAGAGAUCACUCACAAGAAGUAACACCAAUUCAACACCGAACAAAGUACAAAAUGGAAGAGUUAAUUUGGAGCAGAAGGAUAGCACAGAUAAUCAAGCAUCCACGUUGGUGGAAAUGAAAAGAAUGAUGAGUCAAAUGCAUAACAUUGUUCUGCAAUCUAACGCAACGGUUGUUCAGAUACUGAAACGAGUUGAGCAGCUUGAAGAAAAGAUUGACAGCCAGCUUGCAAAGAUUGUACAUUUGGAUGAUCAAAUAAAACAGAUUCAGCAAAGUAGGCUUCCACUGACUGGUGGACAACAGACAGUGAAUGAUUUCCUGAAAUUGAACACACAAAAGUACUGAAAAAGGUUUUACAUAAACUACAAGAACUGACAGUGGCAGAAGUUUCAAUACGGUUUAGUAAUGUCAAACAACUUAAGUCCAAAGCUAGAUCUUCCAAAAACAUUGUAAUUUCAUGUUGGAAAUUGUUCAUCAUAGAGAAAAAAUUGAAUAUGUUGCCAAUUAAUUUAUGGAGAAAAAAAUGGUCUAGUACAUUUUUUAAAAACUCGAUUGUAAUUUUUACCAAAAAUUUCUGCAUCUUAAACCAUCAAAUGUUAUCUUAGUUCUUGUGCACUAAGAGAAAACUGCACACCAGUUCAGAACCUUGCACUUAGCUUAAAGGAUAUACUACACUAUAAGCACGAGCAAGCAUUGCACUUAUCCCGCAUCACUAACACAAAUACACUCCUGCCUCUUGGGCCUACAUUAAGGAACAAUCACAGCAUUUGCCUGGAGUGAUUUCAGGAAGAACAAAAAUCAGGAUGUAUCAGGAGUCUAGCCCAGGUCCUCUGGAAUGGAGACCCAUUUCUUACCUUUGAGCCAAUUUUCUUCAUAUUCCUCUUAGCAGCAUUAUUUUUAUAUAUUUAUAAUAUGUAUAUAUAUGAUAACUUAAAAUUUUACACACAUAUUGGGGAAUAAUCAAAUAGCACUUUUUAUUACCAAAUAUGGUUUCAAUUUUAUGGUGCUUGGUUUUUAAUGUCGACUUCUUGCUACAACCAGAUUGCCUUAAUGUACAAACUGUUGGUAGGAAGGUUCAUUUUUUUCCAAAUGAUAUUCUAGAAUUGCUACGAUAUUUAGCACACCAUAAUUUAUCAAUUAUUUUUCAUAUAUAUUUUCUUUUUUUUUUAUUUUGCAGGUGAUCAAAAUUAGGUUAGGCAUUAAAAAAUAGUGUGUGCGGUGUACACUGAAUAAUGUAUUUGUAUAACUCUUGUAUCACUACUGUGUAUUGUACCAUUUCAUAAUUUUUAGAAGUAAAGAAAAUACAUAUGUAUUUUUAAGUAUGUCAAAUUUAUAAUAAAGAUAUUUUUAAAAAAAAAAUUCUAAUAUCCACAAUGCCUUUACUCCAUUAUGCAUUGCUUAGACAGUGUUCAAAUUGGUGAGUUGGUUAAUUAAAUUUUUUUUUUGAAAGUAGUGAUAGUUGAAUCCUCACUAUUGUACUAAAUGUGUCUUCCACUGGAUAGCUCAAGAUAAUUACUGAAAUUUUACAAACAUGUCAAAUUACUUGGAUAUAUGGUAUUGCUUUAUGUUACUGUUAAAAAUGAUUUCAAGAAAGUUACAGCUGUAAGCCAACAUUUUGUAUAUAGUUCAACUUUUAUGCAGAGUCCCGCUAUUCCGAAAAUCCACCUUUUCCGAACAGAGUUAAGUUUAACUUAAAAACAGGAGAAAUUAAAUUAAAAAGACAUUUAUAAAAAAAAGUACAUUUAUUGUUAUACAAAGAAGUUAAAUAGACAUACAUACAACUUAUACUUGAUGAAAACGCCUGAAUUGGAAUGAAAGCUGGUUACUCACAGCACAUGUCGGCUCCAUUUACAUAUACAAUUCUGUAUAAUUAUUUUUAAUCACUGCUAAACAAAAAAAUAACUAAUUUAUACGCACAAGAAGUAAAACAUCAAUUAUUUUUUCUGACGAGCACUAAAUCGACUUGACACAUUGCGGCAUGAACGUAUCAUUUGGUGUUGAUGAAGCGUGUUGUUCGAUGUAGUGUAAGGCGAGGUCAAGAACAUUUGCAGUGUCUGUGUGUGUGAUAUGAGUUAAAUUUUAAGCGUUCACCUCCUUGCUUUCCUCUGAGUUGAUCUGAGCUGAUGAGCCUUGCACUAUACAAAGAAGUUAAAUAGACAUACAUACAACUUAUGCUUGAUGAAAACGCUUGAAUUGAAAUGAAAGCUGGUUACUCACAGCACAUGUCGGCUCCAUUUACAUAUACAAUUCUGUAUAAUUAUUUUUAAUCACUGCUAAACAAAAAAAUAACUAAUUUAUACACACAAGAAGUAAAACAUCAAUUAUUUUUUUCUGACGAGCACUAAAUCGACUUGACACAUUGCGGCAUGAACGUAUCAUUUGGUGUUGAUGAAGCGUGUUGUUCGAUGUAGUGUAAGGCGAGGUCAAGAACAUUUGCAGUGUCUGUGUGUGUGAUAUGAGUUAAAUUUUAAGCGUUCACCUCCUUGCUUUCCUCCGAGUUGAUCUGAGCUGAUGAGCCUUGCACUAUUGCUACGAUGUCUUCGUCUCCGCGAAGCGAGACUUUUGGUAGGCAAAGCCUUAAAAUUCAGUCCGGUUUCAUUCGCGUUGUAAACUUGCUGCUGUUAGCAGUUUUGGGAUGAACAAGGUCUUUAAAUUAUUUUAGGUAGUGGGCAACUGCUACAUUGUCAGCUGACAGCUUCUCCCCAGCAAUCUUGAGCUGUCCUUUCUUCCAAUGAUCCAAAAAACCACAGCUAGCUGAAAAUGAGGAGUCACCAUCCAUAAGCUUGUUUAGUUGAAAUACCUUUCUGUCUUUCUUGAGUGAACCACAAGAAUAAGGCCUCAUCAAGUGUUUCAUAUGAAGAGAGCUAUGAAGAGAGCGUCAUUUUUUUGCCAUUUCAAGAUUUUUUUUCAUUUGAAGCAGAACAAAACUGCUCAAUUUUAACAUGAUUUUUUUUUCAGUCACUAAUCGUUGCUUUUCUGACACCAUAUUCGAGUGAUAAUUAAGUAGCACUUUCUCCCUUGUCCAUUUUAUUUUAACAUAAGUUUUUCUUUUAAAGUACACGUAGAACGACUUCAUUUACUUGCCAUGUUUAAGGUUUAACAGAUUUUUUUUUCAGUCACUAAUCGUUGCUUUUCUGACACCAUAUUCGAGUGAUAAUUAAGUAGCACUUUCUCCCUUGUCCAUUUUAUUUUAACAUAAGUUUUUCUUUUAAAGUACACGUAGAACGACUUGCCAUGUUUAAGGUUUAACAGCUGACAUCAAGGACUAAGAAAAUAAAUAAAAAAGGCACAGUGACUCAGUAAAGUAACUCAACACUCACGGAACAAAGCUUUACAAUAAAUCUGUAAUAAGCGCACACAGUUCAUCAAACUCCGCUAAAGUAAACACUGACCCAGAUACAACUAGACAGUGCUCAGUGCAGUGAGUCAUGUGUUUGAACACGGGAGGGAGAUAAAUAGGUAGGGCGUCUGCGCUGAGUCGUCAAAGGUCCCCUUCCCUUCCGAGUUUCACUGAACCUGUUCACGAGCUGAUUAACACUGUAUAGAGCACACUCGCAGAUAUCCCCACACUUAAUUUAUGCUAUAACAAGUCAAUACGUUGAUAUUAUUCAUGAAAUCCACCCAUUCCGAAUUUCCGCUAAAACAAACAGUGUUCAGUUCCAAUUAGUUCGUAAGAGCAGUACUUUACUGUACUUAAAAACUAAAUUAUGGUUGCAAAACAAGUGAAAACAUAAACAAAUAUAAAAAUAUCAUCAGUGUGUCCGAAACUGCAAUUUCAAAUAUUCAGAGUGUAACAAAUCCAACAGCAUACAUUAUGUGACAACAUUAGGUCGAAAUGAAGGGCGGUUCGUGAGUGUGUAUUAGCGGAAGGGCAGUGACCUUCAACCAGAGUAAACAAAGCCCCCAUCCUCCUUCCCGCAAAGGCUUACGCAUUCCUCUCAUCUCUGUUCCCAACUAUGAUGAGUCAAGACAGUGCGUCACAUGCAACUGCUGUGUCACCUGUUACUGCGCAGCCCUGUGUUUUGUGAGCCCUUGUGAGUGGUGUGUAGUGUGAUUUUUUACAUUCUGUGCUUGUUACUGCUGUUGGUCAUCAUGACAAGCAAGCGUAAACAUAACUCGUAUACAUUAAAAGAAAAACUGGAAGUGCUGAAAAGACUUGACAAAGGUGAAAGUACCACUUUGUUAUCGAAAGAAUUCGGUGUCGGCAAAGCAACCAUUUCCGAUUGGAAAAAGAACAGAGGUAAAAUUGAGCAGUUUUGUACUACCACAAGUGAAAAAAUUAUUGAAAAACGUAGCAAAACGACAGUGUCUUCUUACGAAAAAUUGGACGAAGCACUUUUUUUAUGGUUUACCCAAGAAAGACAAAAAGGAAUCCCUAUCACUGGCCCUCUGAUUCAAGAAAAAGCGCUUCAGUUGAACACGCUCAUAGAUGGUGACGCAUCAUUUACGGCUAGUUGCGGUUUCUUAGACCGAUGAAAGAAACGAUAUGGAAUCAGGCAGCUUACAAUAACUGGUGAGAAACUGUCAGCGAACAACGAAGCAGCUAUUGAAUACCUUGAGGAGUUCAAAGAUAUAAUUUCUUCCUACUCGCCACAGCAAGUUUAUAACGUCGAUGAGACGGGACUUAAAGCAUUGCCUACCAAAAGUCUUGCAUUACAAGAGGAACAAUCUGCACCAGGGUUUAAAAAGGAUAAACAACACCUAACUGUGUUAGCCUGCAGCAACGCUUCUGCCACAAAUAAGCUUCCACUGAUGGUUCUUGCCAAAUCUGCAAAACCACGCUGUUUUAAAAACAUGAACACACUCCCUGUAUUUUACAGAAACCAAAAGAAAGCUUGGAUGGAUCGUGUCUUGUUCCAAGACUGGUUUGAAAAACAAUUUGUGCCAAAAGUAAAGGCUUUUAACAAAGUAAAUGGAUUGCCUCCUAGUGCUUUGUUACUCAUAGACAAUGCUCCGGCACAUCCUGAAUAAAUGCAACUUGUUUGCAGUGAUAUCAAAGCCAUUUUUCUCCCACCAAACGUCACUUCAAUUUUGCAACCAAUGGACCAAGGAGUUUUGCAGGCUUUGAAACAGAAUGACAGAAAAAUGCUACUUCGUAGUCUUCUUGAAGAGAAUGAAGAACUGGCAAUCUUGCAUAAACUAAAGAAAAUCACCAAAAAAGAUGUCAUUUACUGGGUAGCAGAAGCUUGGGAGAAAACAAAAGGAAUCUUUACAGAAAUCAUGGAAAAAUUUCUGGCCUGAUUUAGAGUUUGUGUAAACGGUCUUCCCCCGCCAAAAUAAAAGUUUGAACUUCUUCAGCUAGUGAAACAAAUUGUACCAGGUUGCGAAAAUGCAGAAAAGUGCAUUGAAAAGUGGAUGGCCAUUGACGACUGUGGCCACAGAUGAAGAUAUCGUAGCAGCUGUGCAGGGAACGUCAACUGAUCUCGAUGCAGACAACAGUGAGGAGGAAGGGAAUGCGCCGACUGAUGUUGUUUCUCAUACUGCCGCAGCCAGUGCCCUUUAUCUGGCUUUGCGCUACGUCGAGCAACAUGCCGAUGCAACCCUAACAGAUGUUAUGCUUAUGCGGCAUUGGCAAAACAUUGCAUCUUCAAGCCGAUUUAGUGCAUAGCGUCAAAGGAAGAUUACUGACUUUGCCUCUUAGAUAAUGGUUUGCUUUUUUACAUUUUGUUUUGUGUCAAUCCUGUACAGAACAUGAAUUCUACAUAUAGUAUGUAAGUAACAGGGUUCAUACACGUCCUGGAUAAACCUGGAAUUUCAAAAAACUGUUUCCAGUACUGGAAAUGUCCUGGAAUUCGCAAAUAAUUGUAAAUUGUCCUGGAAAUUUUAUCAGUAUCCUUGAAAUUUUAUUUAGCACACACUGUGUUACAGUAAAACACUUGAUUAAAUAACUUAAGUUUCCUUUAACUGAAGUAAAUUCUCCGUCCGUGCAGCAUGUAUUGUAAUCAAAUAUAAAUUCAUAGAUAACCUGUCGUGAAGUAGACGUUCAUCUAUAAACUAAAAAGGCGUAAUAUACGAACUUGCACUUUAAAGCGGUUUUUUUUCAUUGUAAUACUCUUAGCAAAAAAUCACAGUUUCCUUCUUGUCACAAAUCAUAAAAAUAUAUUUACAGCUGCAAAGCUUUCAAGUUGAUAUUUUCCUUUUUUUUCCCAUGAAUCCAAAGGUAUUAAAUAAGUGUUUAUAUACGCCACAUUCUCCACGUAAAUGAUUUUAUCUUUAUUUACUUUCACAUUCGGCCCGAUAUAGUAAGUAAUAUUCUUAUGUUCUCCAAAAUUACGUUCCAAAGUUGAUCUCGGUGACAUUAAUUUUAGUCAUGAAUUUGAGUUACUAUAGAGCAUCCCACUCAUAGAUCGCAGUGUGGAAGUAAAUGGGUGCAUUCUCUCUCUCUCUCUAACACACGCCGAUUGCCGUUAGCGCUGUCCUUGUUUCUUCAUGCGUUGUUGCCAAAUAUCAAACAAAAUUAAAAUUUUAAUUUUUGGACCAAGGUUUUUUUCAUAUUGUAUAACAUCGAAAUAUGCAUCAUGCAAUGCUUAUUUUGAAUACUUAACAAUAUUUUAAGUGUCCGAAAAAAUUAAAAAACAUGACUUAUUCACUGUGAACUGUUUUGAAGUAUUCAGAGAUGUUUCACAUAAAAAAAAACCUACACGUGUAUUUCAUUCAGAUUUUUUUUAUUAAUAAAUUAAUGCCUUAGGAUGCCACCGAACAAAUGUUAAGACAAAAAAUGUACAGGUUUCACUUAAAUAAUUUUUUUAAUAUAUUGUAAUGCAUUUUUUCACAAACUGACACGUCAAAAAGUUGACCAGCGGAAAAUUUCUUUUCUAUUAAAGAUAGAUGGGGGACGAAAGCGUGAAAAAUGUUCACAAUGAAUUGAAUUAGUUUUCAAAAGCAGCUCCAUUUCAUUGCCUCUACAGUUUCGGUGGAAAUAUCUGUUAAAGAUGUGUCUUAUCAGUACAAGAGCGCGCUGCAAUAGAGGUUUCUCUCACAAGCUGCUGUCGUAAGAGGAAACAGGGUCGUGUGUUUAGAUAAGUGGGGUCCUGUCCUGCAAGCAAUUUCAAAUACAUGGCUUCCUUAGUCAACUAUGUAUUUCCUUAGACACACAUUUCUGAAAACCUGCCUGCCAGUUAGUAUCGCGUCUCGCGACGAAGCAACGCGUUGUGUCCGGUGACUCGUUACAGUUAUAAUUUUGACAAAUUAUAUAUUAACAUAUGUGAUUUUAUUUUAUACAUUUAUUUUUAUUACGUACAUAUAAAAUAUUGAAGAUAGAACACCGAAAAGAAAUUAUAUCGGUAGGCUACGCUGGAGGGAGCGCAAGAUUGUGUUGAAUGUAUUUGAGUAUUUUUCAAAAAAUAUGAGUGUGUGCAAUGCAAUUAAGGAAGCUUCCAAAGCAACCGGCUGUUCCGAACGAACCAUUUACAACAUAAGAACGGAACUGCAGCAACAUGGUACCCUAAGUACGCCUGGUAAGGUAAAAUCAAAAAGGAAAGAAACAGAAAAAUUGCCGAAAACAAACUUACGAUGGCAUUGCGCAGAGUGGGCUACGGCGGAUCGUUCACACAUUUUUGUUUACUAACAUUCCUCCCACUUUAAAUGUCAUUUUAGCAAAAGUGAAUAGUGACCAAUCACUGCCAGAUUUCUCUCUUACCACCCUGCAUAGGUUCCUUCACGACAUUGGGUUUGAGUAUUUAAGAAGAGGAAACAAGGCAGCAUUCAUAGAACGUGACGUCAUAAUUCGGUGGCUGCAUACCUACUUGAGAGAAGUAAAAAGAUUUAGGGAUUUAGGAAAACCAGUUAUCUAUACAGAUGAAUCUUGGGUAAAUGUGGGGCUCAGUGUGGAAAAGGCAUGGAAAGAUACAACAGUGAAGAGUGCUCGGCAGGCAGCCAUUGAAGGCCUUAGUUCAGGCCUUAAACCUCCUACAGGACGAGGUGCACGUUUUGCAUUAGUGCAUGCAGGUAAUGAGGACGGUUUUGUUCAAAAUUCUGCUCUUACUUUCUUGUGCAAAAAGAACACGCUGACGCUCAUGAAAUGACUGCAGAUGGGUAUGAAAAGUGGUUUGCCGAACAACUUUUGCCAAACACUCCAGAGGGAUCUGUUAUUGUUUUGGAUAAUGCGUCAUACCAUAGCAGGAUGUGUGAACCGAUUCGCGUGCAACGUUGGCGUGUGGGGGAUAUAAGAAACAGGGUGGCCACUCACCGGGAAAACCAGGAUUUAUCAGGGAAAUCACGUUGAUCGGGAAUUAUCAGGGAAUUUUUUUUAAAACCGGGAAUUUUUUGUGUCCUGUAUAUUUCCGCAGAGCUGCCAACCAUUACGGAUUUUCUGUAAUUAUUACGGAUUCAACACGGAAUUACGGAACAUCGCUGGUUUAUUACGGAAACGAGGCUUUGUGCUGCAUGGUAACGGAAAAAAAAAUUCCGUUUCUGAUGUGCGUGUUUCGUGAACGUAGUUCGAAUACAUCACGUGAUUGCGCAGAUAACGGAAUUAAUAAAUGUGCGCAUGUACUGUCGAAAUAAGUAGAUUAAUUCUUGUGAUUUGUAAUAUAAAUUGUAUGGUAUUACGUCCUUUGUACGAUACAACUAGUACAUAUUCUCUGACUUAUCGUUUGUUAGCUACUUACAUCACGAUAAUUUUUGUACGGUACUUUGGCUAACCUGUGUUGUUUUAUUUACUUUCUUGAAAGCCAUUUUUUUCAUCAAUGUGUUUUUGUCGUGUCUACAGACGUGAAACCUUUUUAUGUUGUUCAAUAGUGUUGUGUCUUCAGUACCGGUUGUAGAAAUGAAGCGUGUGACAGAAAACAAUGUGUAUCUGGGGCAAAAAAAGAGAAUGUUAUUCUUCAGAACUUUUGACCAAACUAUUCAAAAGAAUGGCCAUGCUUGUCAUUUUAAAAUGUUUCGGAACGCCACGCGUUUUGUAAUGUAUGCACGUGUGACUUUUCGAUUGCACAUGGUGGAAGGGAUGACUGUAGACGGCAUAUUGAAUCAAAGAAACAUGCAAAACAUUUUAAAGCCGUGACGAGCAAUAAAUCUAUAUCGUCGUUUUUGGCUACAUCUGAAGAAACUAAAGUAACAAACGCAGAGUUAUUGUUUACAAGUUUUCUGGUAGAACACAAUUUACCGAUAGCAGUAGCCGAUCAUUCCGGUAAUUUGUAUAGAGCUAUGUUUCCGGACUCAAAAAUUUCACAGAAAUACAGCUGUGCGAGAACAAAAACAUCUGCCUUAGUGGAGUAUAUGGCUGGUGAAACUAAAAGUGAAAUUGUUGAAUCUUUAGUAAGUGGACCAUUUGCUUUAGCUAUCGAUGGGAGUACUGAUUGUAAUGCAGUGAAGAUUUAUCCAUUAGUUUCAUUUUUAAAACACUGUACUGUUAUCACUUGUUGAGAGUACAGACAACACAUGAUAUGGUAUUUUCUCUGUGCUGAAUAAGGUAUUUGAACGUUUUGGAAUUUCUUGGAAAAAUUGUGUAGCGUUUGCAUGUGACAAUGCCAAUACUAUGAUUGGCACAAACAAAGAUGUGGUGUCAUUUGUUAAAGAAAAACAUCCCGAUAUUGUUGUGCAAGGCUGCUCAUGUCACCUCAUUUAUCUAGCUGCUAAAAAAGCCAGUGCACAGCUAACAAUUAGCAUUGAGACAUUUUUGGUUAAUAUUUUCUAUUACUUGGAAAAAAGUUCAAAAUGCCAGAAUCAUCUCAAAGUGUAUCAAGAGGUAUGUGAGGCAAAGUCACACAAAAUCUUGAAAUAUGUUAGCACACGUUGGCUCUCUCUCCUAGAUUCAGUUGACAGAGUGCUGGAACAAUGGGAGGCACUAAAGCUAUUAUUUUGUAGUGAUCCUGAAAAGAGUCUUCAACUUCACAGUAUGAAAAUGUAAAAUCUCUAAUGCAGGAUCCACUUACGAAACUUUACUGUUAUUUUCUUAGCAGUUCACUUCCUGUUUUCAACCAAGUAAAUUUAUUUCUCCAACAGGAUGCUCCUGUGAUACAUGUAUUGCGGAGAAAACAUUUUGGUUUAUUGACAAUUUGCUUGUUUGCUUUAUCAUUAUCAUCAUUAUCAUUUAUCAUUAUCAUAAAUGAAAACUGUAGUGUGCAUUUGAAAUUGCUGCAAUUUGUAACAAGAUAUGCUAGUGUGUAUUUAAUUAAUUUUUAUUUGUUAUUUGUGAAGAGCCAUAAAACAAAACACAGACUGCAGGUCAUUGAAAGGGAUGCUAUAAUGUAAAGUGACAUUUAAAAUGUAUUAUGUUAUUUAACUAACUUCCGUAUGUAUAUAAUGAAGAAAAUACAGCAGGGUGCUAAAAUGUGAGUAAUCUCUUUCUAUAAUAUUAUAUUAUUUCAUCAAAAGUAUGUUUUUUUUUUUUGUAAUUGUAAAUAUCAGGGAAAUUUUGAAUUUUUAAUCAGGGAAAUCAGGGAAAAAUCAGGGAAUAUUUUUGGUGACUGUGAAUGGCCACCAUGAGAAAGUGGCUCACGGAGAAAAGCAUUCCUUAUGAUGUCAGUAUGAUUAAGCGGGAAUUGCUACACAUAGUAGGACGAGAAAGGCACAAGUACAAGAAAUACAAACUUGAAGAAAUAGCCAAAUGCGUAGGUCAAACUGUACUUUGCUUGCUCCUGUAUCAUCGCGAGCUAAACCCUAUUGAAAUGGUAUGGGCCCAAGUGAAAUCGUUCGUAAGACUGCAUAACACAACUUUCAAGGCACAUGAUAUGGAGUCCUUAAUAACAAAGUAUCAAAUGAAAACUGGAAAAAUUAUGUACAAACUGUGAAAAACAUGGAAGAAGAGCUGUGGAGAGCUGACGAACUUCAAGAUGACGAGGAAAUAUUUUUGAUAAGUUUAGCCUCGUCCAAUUAAUCCCAGUCAUCUCCAUCGCCCCACCCCAUUCUUCUGGUCAGCUCUGUGCUACUCUUAUGGAAGGGGUAACAACAUUGGUCAGCGGUAGCGAUAGUGAUUAAAAGGUAUGUGAUGUUAUUAAUAUCUUAAUCAAGUUAACAUUACAUUUAUCGUAUAAAUUCCUAUGAACUAAAUGUGUGUGAACAGAUUCUUGUUGUAAGUUAAAGUUAAAAAAAAUUUCCUUAUCGGCACAGCCUAAAGGCGCAGGAAGAUUUUGAUGAUUAAAUUUCUUUACAUUAGAAAAAAAGGGAUUUUUAUAUGCUUAAACCCAUAUUUUUUCCUUCCCUUUGCAGUAAUGGUUGCUACAAAAAUAUUUUAAUUGAAUCAUGAACAUAAUAUGUAAAAUGUAUGAAAUAAAUAUGAUAGAUCAUGGUACAAAAUUUUGAAUUAUUUUUCUAUCCUUCUCAACACCAAGCAUCUUAUCAAACAUUGUUUUAGACAAAGUUUUGGAAAAUAAUUAUGAUAUUUACAAACAAUUUAAACAGAUUUGAUAAGGUGUCUACUAAGGCAGUCAUGUUUUUUUUUUGUCUGGUGAAAAUUUUUUUCAAACUCGUGCAAUUAUGGCUGGUCGUAUCAAAAAUUUAUUUAGAAAACAUUUUUUGGCAUUAGGUACUCAGAGUUAUCAUACGUUAAAACGGAUGUGAUAUUAUUCAUAUUAUGGGAGUUAUUGCGAUUUUUCUGUUUUUCAAAAAAUCUUCCCCAUUUCGACCCAAUUGUUCAGAUUUUUACCAUAACUUACUCGACCGAGAAUUUCCAUUACCGUAUUUUAUUUAUCAUUUUAGACAUGACUUGUCCAAAAAUACGGCAUUUAUCGGGCCCAUGAAAAUGUGAUAUAUAUUGAGGGCUACUCUGCUGUGGAUCCCGACAGUCUCUGAUGGAACUGGGCGCCACCACGUGUAAGGGCACGUGGACCCCGGCUAAACCUCUCUCUCAGGGUGUGACGUGACCCGAGCGAGGCGAGUUACCAGCCCUAUUUCUGUUGCUUGGAGUAUUGACUGACCCUGCCUAGCCCGAUCUUAAGGCGCCGGGUACGCCUCACACCUAGCUAUAGUAAGGAAGUACCACGUGGUCAGUAAAGAAUACUCACAGUACUAGAUUUUAUGCCUUUUAUUCCUUCCGCCCGAUCUCACAUACAUGAUUACGUUACACUGUUAAAAUGCCGAGGCACGGACCAGAUUAGAUGAAGUUAGCUCACUCUCGUGGCUACACACAAAGUCUCUACGUAGGAAGAUUAGUGAAAGCCUCUAAGCGAGAAAUACGAUUAGUUAAACAGCCCGCCGGUUGAGAGACGCCCCGGGGAUAAAAUGAAAAGGUUUUUGGAGAUUACUUUACAUGCCAGAAUUACUCGAUCAAAGUUUAGCAAGA